AUGGCCGGUCUAGCUUUUCUCAAGCCACGCUGCGGGACGCCUAGCGUCCUCAACUGUCUCGAAAAUGUUCAAAGACGAUGGGCUCAAGUUCAUGAUACGCGCUUCCGAUUUCUGGCCACGCAAGGGGACAGCUUUCUCGACAGGUACAAGGAAAAACUCGCAAGGAAAGCCCAAUUAGAAGGCAUCGAAAAUUUAAAAGAGUUACGUGAAGCAUACAAGGAAAAAAUAAACGCGCUGAGAAACAAAGCCACAGCCGGAAUCCUUUCAGAACCAAAGUCUUCACCCAGCCUAGACUCGAUUGACUCCAAUUUGCCCCUGGAAUCCUCACCAUCAGCUGCAUCGAAAGUGCUUGGGAGCAGCUCGUGCUCUUCGAAAACAGGCAUCAGGACUCUAUCAUCUUAUAUCAACAUCGAGAAAGCCCGCUUGCUCCCACUGAAAGAACUCGAGUCGAUUUGGAGAUUACGCCAUGCUCACAACGCACAAUCCCUUUGUGGUGUAAUUCCGCUCAGUCUCUACAACACGAUACAAAAUACGGCCAAGAAAAAUCCACAAUUUAUAUUACCCGUACCGCGCGAGGGAAAGGGUGCAGAGAUACAUUUCAUGCAAUGGACGUUUCCCGAAGAAAAUAUCUCUACCGUCAUAUUUACUCAGCUUUGUGAGUACAAACUGAAGGGCGAAUUCAGUCAACCGCACACCACAAUCACACAUCACCUUGAAAUGUCCGAGGAAAAAGGCGUCGUACUUUUACGAGGCGAAAUUGUCAGUGGAAGAGGGGUUAGUGUCGACGAGGCAAAAUGGCUGCUGCUUUGCCUCCAACGAUUUUAUGGGGGCCUCGGAGACUCAGAAGUGGCCGCCAAGAGAAAGCGCUUAGUCGAGAUGUUCGGGAGGGGUGAUGGAGAAUUUCGAGUAGAAGAUCUCGUUGAAGAAGCCGAAAAAUUGAUAUAA